AUUGAAUUUAAUUUCAAAUUUAUUGGAAAUCCACCACCACCUCCUAGUGUGGUUGGAGAAUUUGUUGUUGACGUAGGUGCUGUAGUAGAAGCGCGAGGUGUUGGCAUCCCUACCCCUCCCAUUGCAGUAGAUGCGGAUGGGUACUGUGGUGAUCGUGAUGGACUGGAUACAAUAUCCGAGGAUUCUGGUCAUAUAUAUAAAUACUUUAUCAACACUAAUUCAUAUAAGAAAAAAAAGAAAAAAAGACAUUUGCCUGGAGAGGCUGCAAUCUCACCACCAAAGACUGUGGUAGUUGUUGCUGAUUACAAAACGGAUAGAUUAGGCUCAGCUAUCACAGUUUCAUUGUAA